AGUAGGGGAGACCAGAAAAAUGUUGCAAAAAUAAGAGGGUGCCUUUGAACCUAAUGACAACCAGAUGGAAGCAUUAUAAUCCUGCUCAUGAGAGCAAAAGAGAGAGAGGAGGUGGAGAGAAAGGCAGACCGAGUCCGAGAACACGAGUGAUCAAUAAAGUGUGCCGUCUGAUGCUGUAUGUGGCUCCAAAUGCUCAGUAAAUUUAGAGAUCUCUGUGCAGUUUUGCAACUAACAUCAGGCGACCAUGCUGCCCUGGAAGAUGCUUAUAGUUGCUCUUUUCUGGAACUGCAUCGAGGCAGGUGCCACACAACGUCGGGCUAAUGCCCUAUUUCCAGCUGCAAGAAGCAUAAAAGGAGGAGUGACACCUGUGGUGAACCCCACUUUCAUCAGCUCCAUCAGUGAUGCUCAUCUGUUGUUUGAGAUACUGAUGACUGGCAUACAUUUUGAAUCCAGUGGAGCGUUUUCGGUCACAGAUGCUGAACUAGCUUCCCUUCAGAAGACAAGAAACCUGAAUUUAAUCAGUGAAGAGAUCAUUCCGAAAAAGCUACCAGACAUAUUGAGACUCAUAUCCGGUCUUUCAAAUCAUACUGGCUGCCUGCAUCAGGACGAUUUUGAGUGCACUGUCUUAACUUUGGUGUACACUGCCCAUCAGAUGGUCAGCUCCGCUACUGAAUACCAAAGUGACGUGUGGGCAGAGUCCUUUGUAAGCCUAUACAAAUCCAUCAAGAAGGAUCUGACACUGAGAAACUGAGUAAGCGGUGGUGCUGUGACAAAAUGACUCA